AUUAUAUUCACAACAUUAAUUUUAAUAAAAACAAUUUUUUCAUCAAUUAUUUCAAUUAUUUCAAGAAUUUAUUUAAAUAACAUUUUUAAUAAUUCUAUAAUUUUAUUGAUUUAUUUAAUUAUAUAUUCAAUUUAUUUAUCAAUUAUAAUAUAUAUUUCAUGUUCAAUAAAUUCUUUAUACAUUCUUAUAAUCAUAAUUGUAUUUUUAAGAGGAAUAUUAGUUAUAUUCUCAUACUUUAUUUCAUUAGUAAAUUAUCCAUUUAAACUAAAAUUAAAAACAUUUAUUCAAAUUAUAUUUAUAAUUUUAGUAUUUAUAAAAUUAUCAUCAAGAUUUUAUAACUUUAUAGACGCAAAUUUAUACACAAACAUAAUUAAAAAUUCAGAUUUAUUUCUUUUAUAUACUAAAACAAAUAUAAACUUAUUUAUUAUUAUAAUUAUUAUAUUAAUUUCAUCACUAAUUUUGAUAACAAAAAUUUCUUAUAUUGAAAAUAAAACUCUUCGAAAAAAAAAAUAA